AUGUCAAACCCACGGCCAUUUCACGGUCUAUUAGCCACAUUGAUCAUUACGGCAAUCGUUGACUGGCCAUGGCCGUGGCCUGUGCCACCGCGUGUCGCGCAAGCGAUGAGCAUUUCAACAGAACGACCAGCCCACACCGCAGAAGAGCAGAAUGGCACUGGUAGCGCACUCUUCCAGCUGCCCACAAAAAUGGAUGAAUACGAUGUUCUCGAGGAGCUGGGUCGCCUAACUUUGGCCAGUAUGAAUCAGAGCGUCGAUCCCUGUGAGGAUUUCUACGAGUAUGCCUGUGGUAAUUGGAAGCAGGCUGAACUGGUGCCGGCGCGCUCGCGUAAUAAUUCAUUCCUGAAUGCAAUGCAGCUUUCGGUGAAUGAAAUGUUGACAAAGUAUUUGAAGAACACCACAGAUAAAGAGCUCAAGCAGCAUAAUGCAGAGGCGAAAGCUAAGACGUUCUUCGCUUCUUGUAUCCGCAUGUACAAAGACAUGUCUGUCGGUUAUAAAUUGCUUUUAGAUAUGGAAGAGUUCACUUUCAAUCUAGCCGAGAGGCAGCAGUCGAACGAGACUUUUGAUUGGAUCAAUAUAAACUUCAUGUCGAACUACGGGAUGUAUCCGUUGUUGCCGCUGAAGGUGCACUACGACACCGAGAGCCGUAAGUUCGAUGUGCUUUUGAGCACUUCGGGCAAGGUAUUGGGCAACUCGGAUGUCGUCGAUAUAAAAAAUCUAACAAGAGACUUUAAAAUCGAACGAGACGAAGAGGUGAAACAAAUCGAAGAUGAAUUCGAGCUGGCUGUUAGCUUUGAAUCCAACCUGACAAUGCACGCGAAAAGACGCAACCAAACCGAGCAACUCUCCCUGGCCGAGUUCUACCUGCAGCACAAAGAAGACGCUUUGAAUUGGACACGUUACUUUGAGGUCGCUUUCAAUGGCAGUGCUCGGAAUGACUGGUUGAUACAAAACACCAUCGCUAAUGUGGAUCCUCUGGUGAAUUUCCUUCAGAAAACCGAACUCGAGACACUAAGGAACUACGUGAAGUGGCGCACAAUCGUCAAGUUUUACUAUAUUUGGAAGUACGAGGUGAGCGAUAAGUCAGUGGAGAGUAGUUGUCGAGAGCACACCGGACAGUAUUUUAAUUACGCCCUCCUGCCCUGGUUCAUAGACAAUGUGUACGAUGCUGAUCGACGCGCAGAUAUACUCCAGCUCGCGAAGCACAUAAAAGAAACAUUCUACGAGCUGCUGGAUAAAUACACUUGGCUGGACGAUGAAACCCGUUCGCAUGCAAAAACGAAGCUUCGCGCUAUGGAUAUUACGGUCGGCUACUCAGACGAAAUGCGACAUCGUGACAUCAUCGACAAGGUAUACGAAGACGUUGAGAUCGGUGAUAAUUGGUAUCGCAACUUGCAGGCGGUGGAGCGUAAUCGCGCGCGUGUGCGCAUGCGUUCGGUGAAUAAAGCGAUUAUACCGCCCUUAAUGUCAACACGUGAUGUAAACGCCUAUUAUGCGGACUUCUUAAAUUUGGUCUUCAUUGGCAUUGGCAUUUCGCAAGCGCCCUUCUAUCACUACAAAUAUCCACCGUCCAUCAAAUUCAGCGGCAUCGGCAACAUCAUCGGCCACGAGAUGGCGCACGGUUUCGACUCCUAUUGCUAUCAAUUCAAUUACGAUGGCAAGAAAAUGAACUGGUGGACAGAGGCCUCGUUGCGCAACUUUAAGGAACGCUAUCGCUGCAUGGAGUCCCAGUACAACAAAUACAUCUUCCACGGCGUGCUCACGAAUGGAACACUGACAUCGGGCGACAACAUUGCCGACAAUGUAGGCACACGCAUCUCCUAUCAGGCUUAUCUGAAUAGUUAUGGGAAACUGGAUGGUGAUAAGAAGCCCAUACCGGGUCUGGAGUUGACCAAUAAGCAGCUGUACUUUUUGAAAUUCGCCCAAACCUGGUGCACGGGCAAGGAUGACGCCUCGAAGGUGCGCAAAAUGAAGACAGACGUACAUGCAUACGAGGAGUUCCGGGUGAUUGGCACGCUGCAGAACAUGCCCGAGUUCAGUGAGGUGUUCAAGUGCAAAUUGGGUGCGGAUAUGAAUCCGCUGAAGAAAUGUGUGAUUUGGUGAAUGGUAAAUAGCGAAAGAGGGAAUAAAGUACAAAAUAAAUGGAAA